AUCCUAGUCUUGCGGAGGAGGACGCGUCUUACAUUGAGCAUUUCCACUGUAAAUUCAGGCCCUGCUGGAUUAUCCUAAGAAACGGUCGUUUUAACAACUCUGUUUCAGUUUCCCAACUGUUUCCAGCCACCGUCGUCGAAGUUAUACUUUACUGAACGGUCUCAGAAACUCUGGCUGGUUUUCAAGGUCCGUGUUUUGGUCAAAUGGAGCAAUCCCCCCACCUACCGGAGGAGUCGCGUGACAACUGCAGAUUUAGCAAAGCCCUGUCACGACAUUUAUCUGGAUAGAGGGCUCAUCCAUCGAGUAGAGCAUUUGUUAUUUGUAACAUUCGCAAUGAGUGGCGCCAUGAAUUUCAAAAACUGCGGCUCUGUGCUGGUAACGGGAGCCAGUCGAGGGCUCGGGCUGCAGAUAGUCGACAGCCUGGCGAGUGGAGCUUUCUCUCCCGGCAAGAUUAUCGCCACGAGCAGACAGCCCGCGAGCGCGCAGAAACUUCAGGAACUGGCAGAGAAGCAUCCCAACAUCCACAUAAUCACGUUGGAUGUAGUGAACCAGGAGAGUAUAGAGAGGUCUGUAGAAGAAGUGGACCAGCUGGUACAAGAAGAGGGUCUGAACUGCCUCAUCAACAAUGCAGGGAUCAAUGUGGUCGCCGACUUUCAAACCGUUACCGCAGAGAAGAUGAUAGAAAACUUCCACACUAACGCUGUGGCUCCUCUGAUGACCACCAAGGCCUUCCUGCCUCUGUUAAAGCGAGCAGCGUCCAGAGGAGGUGCAGGUGCUGCAGGGAGCAUGGGCAUCCAGAGGGCAGCAGUCAUUAACAUGACCUCUCUGCUGGGCUCUGUGGAGCUCAACUGGGGGGAACGGGCUAAUAACUUCAAAUGGUACCCCUACAGGACGUCCAAGAGCGCCCUAAACAUGGUGAGUCGCUGUAUGGCUGUAGACCUGGAGCCUGACGGGAUUCUCUGCAUGGCUAUACACCCUGGUUGGGUCCACACUGACAUGGGGGGGCCUGAGGCUCCACUGAGUCCAGAGGAGAGCAUUUCUUCUGUCUUGUCUGUGAUUGGUGGACUGACUGAAAAGGAUCAUGGGUCAUUUCUAAACUAUACUGGAGAGAUAUUGCCUUGGUGAUUCUGAUCAUCAAAAUAAUGAGCAGUGUUGGACAGUAACGCAUUGUAAUAAUAUUACUUUUCCCAGUAACUAAGUACUGUAACUAAUUACUUUUCUAAAAUAGUAAUAAAUAGUAAAUUAUUACUAGUUACUAAGGCAAGUAACGCUAUAUUCCUCGUUACUGAACGCACCAUCCUUUACGUAAAUCCACGACUGUGCGACAGCUCAGCGGGACCGGACCUUCUGUUGUUCAUGUCAGCUAAUAGCCAAAAACUAAAGGAAGAAUGGAGAACGAGGGAGAGAGGCGUUCUUUCUUCCACAGCUGUAAGAAGCUACUGCCAUUAUUGUG